AUGAUCGGACGAGGAUUGUGCAAGCCGAGAUUUGGAAAACGCGCAAACAGGCUGGGGUUUCUGCCCUAUCUGUGCGCCGUCCUGCUGUGCGCGGCCCUGCUCGCUCUGCUCUUUGUGGACCUCAUCGAGUCAUGGAUCACCUCCAUGGGCUUGAGCGCGGCGAUGGAGCCGCACGCCGGCAUCAUCCCCCCGCAGAGCGUUUCCCCCACCCGUCCCGAGGAGUUCCUGCUCAUGCCCAGUCCGCUGGUCUGCCAGCGGGCCAAGCCUUACCUCAUAGCCAUGGUUACCUCAGCACCUGCCAAUCAGGCGGCGCGCCAAGCCAUCAGGGACACGUGGGGAGGGGAGGUGCAGGUGAGAGGCCUGAGGGUCAUGACCCUGUUUGUGGUGGGCGUCGCAUCUGACCCUGGACUGGGUAAGCUGCUGAUAGAGGAGGCUCGGGAGAGAGGAGACCUGAUUCAGGGGCGGUUUUUGGACUCCUACUCCAACCUCACUCUGAAGACCCUGUCCAUGCUCAGCUGGGCGCGCAGGUUCUGCCCUCAGGCCCACUUCAUGGCCAAAGUGGACGACGACGUCCUCUUCAAUCCCAACGCCCUUUUGCACUUCCUGAACAAAAGCCGCAACCCCUACGAACAAGGGGACCUGUACCUCGGCCGGGUGCAUCUCCACGUGGCUCCCGACCGCGACCCGGCCAGCAAGCACUACCUCCCCGCGGGGGCCUACCCCCCGUCCGUCUUCCCGGACUAUUGCAGUGGUACGGCCUACGUCCUGUCUCGCUCCGCAUUGCUCAAAAUCUCCCUGGCGGCGUCCGCGUCGCCGCUGUCCACACCUCUGCCCCCCGAGGAUGUUUUCGUGGGCCUCUGUGCCCGCACGGCAGGGGUGCUGCCCUCACACUGCCCGCUCUUCUCCGGCGGGCCGGCGGUGCCCUACGGACGCUGCUGCUACCAGGCCAUGGUGUCCGUCCACCACGUCUCCCCCCGGGAGAUGCUGCACUACUGGGCCGACGUCCACUCGUCGCCCCCCUGCUCCUGGUUGAGUCAGCGGGCCUCUCUGGGGGUGUGCAAAGUCAGAGCGAUGCUGGGCUCCGCUCUGGGGCUGGAGCAGGGCUUGUGA